UUAUUAGUGCUUACUCAUCUGUGUAACAGAGCAAAGUAGGAAAAAUAGCAUGCAACUUGCUUGUGUACGUGUUCUAAUUUAUUCUGUAAAACUAUAGUUUUGGAGAAACCAGUUUGCUUAAUAUUUCCUCUCCCACCAUGCAUUUCAAAUACUGGAUGUCUUUCCGUCAUACCCAGUGGCAAGCAGUGGGUUAGUGAUGUAGCUUUUUGGUGGCUGCACUUAAUUCUGGGGGGUAGAAUUAUUGGGGUUUGAAGGGAAAGGUGCAAGUGUGUUAGUAUGUAUAUGUAUGAACUAUUCCUGUUUUACAGCUUACAUGAAAGUUUUCAUCUGUUUUCCUGCUCGGUAUGGGAGGAAGUGGGGUCACUGGUUUUUAAUUGCCCUGGUCAGAACAGGCUCUUCGCUUUCUUCCUGGAUACAGAUUUGGGUCCCGCUGUGCCCGCAUUUUCCGACUUUUAUUAAGAAAGAGGCACCUGGAACAGAAGCAGAUAGAGGACUUUGCCAUGAUCCCAGCCAAAGAAGCGAAAGAAAUGAUGUACAAAAUGUUAUCGGCCAAUAUCGUAGCCCUGCAGGAAAUCCCCAAGACACCAGAUCAUGCACCUUCCCGGACUUUCUACUUGUACACGGUCAAUACUCUCUUGUCUGCCCGGAUGCUGCUCCAGCGCUGUUACAAGUGUGUGGCCAAUCUGAUAGAGAGGCGACUCCAUGAGACCAAGGAGAACCGGCGCCUGCUGGAGAAGAGCCAGCGGGUGGAGGCCAUCCUUGCCUCGGUCCAGGCCACGGGGGCUGAGGAGGCGCAGCUGCAGGAGAUUGAGGAAAUGAUCACAGCCCCUGAACGGCAGCAGCUGGAGACCCUCAAGCACAACGUCAACAAGUGAGUACGGCUCAGGUGAGGGGGCUGACUGAAGCCCUUCCCCCCCAGUGUCACCAGUGUGUAGUUCCUCCAUCCUUUCUGAAGCCAAAGUUGCCACAGGCACCAGGACUGGAUCCCUCCAAAUUUAGCCCGGGGUGGGGAAAAAGACCAACUGCAGACACAGGCUGUGGGGGUAAAUGGAGCCGAGCCAGACUGGAUGAGAUGAAUUGAAGGCCCUUCACCCCAAGGAGAAGACAGCAGAAGAACAGGCCUUAGCAUUUCUACUCAGAGAAGGAGAAGCUGUUUCUGAAUGCUCUUCCAUGUCCAAAAUGCAAGUAAGGAUCAGAACAUCAUGCCAAGGCAAAGACAUAUGCAGCUUCCUUUUUGCAAAAGGUUGUGCCUGUGUCUGUUUUUCAGGAGCAUGGCAGAACUGCUCAUUUUGUCACCUUAAUCUGACUUUUCUUAGGUUUCAUUUAAAGGGUUUGCUUUUUAAUUAUUUUG